AUGUUCUUUUCAAUCGCUCUUAGAGCAACAAAUAAGCUUGCUAAUUUAGAUAAACCAGAAUAUUCCUCAUUGCCAAGAAUAAUAUUCCCAUAUUAUCCAAGAAUGACUCAGCAAAUCAAAGCUUUCAAACAUUUUGAAAAAAGAACUCAAGAUAACGAAACAUUUGUAACAGUUUCAGUUAACUGCCUUGAAGAAAGAACAUUCUGCUCAAGGUAUAAACUCCAAGCCGGACAAAUUUCAGUUUCACUUCACGACCACGAGCAUCCAGUAAAAAUUUCACGCAAGAUCGACGCAGAAAACUUAAACGAAAUAAGCCAAAUCGUUUCUAAUCACGGAUAUCUAACAAUCGACACUCCAGAACAAAUUACAGCAAUUACACAGAAUAAGCCUCUUUUCAUGCUUGUUUCCCGUGCUAAUGCAGGUGAUCUUGAAGAGAAGAAGCCUUCUUUCGAAAAAUUGGCUAUUUCUAACAUUGAUUCAGGCUGUAUUUUUGCAUUUGUUACAAGUCCUUAUUUAUAUGAAAAAUACGCUCACUACCCAUACAUCUCAUUCGUCUUCAUCCAUCACGACGGUAAAUUUACCUCUUAUCGUGGAGAUUUUUCGAUUGAAAGUUUACAAACUUUUGUUUCACAUCAUGCUCAACCAUUUAUGGGCCAUCCAGUUGCAACAGAUGCCACAAAGAUCGUUGCAGUCGGAAAUGACGCUUAUUUCAAGCAAAUUUCAGAAAAAUUAGAUAAGAUCGAUUUUUACGUUCCUUCAUCGUAUUUGAACACAACAAAUAUAAUGAAGGCUGUUCCGUACCUUUGCAAUGGCAAAUACCAGUGUCUCGGCAUUUUCAGACCAAAUCAGUUCAAAUUAGUCCUUAUAAACGAAACAGACAUUGCAUCGGCUGAUAUCAGAAUCUCCCAGUUCGACUCGUUGUGGAAAGAAGUUCCUUUCGCUGAGAAAUUCAAGAUAAGAGCUGCAAUUUGUUUCUUGUUCUACAGAAUACAGCUUUUCAUUGUUUGUGGUAUACUUUCAGUCGUUUCUCUCUUCUUCUUUGUUUGGAUGGUCGAUAGUUCAAGAAUUAUCGAAUUUAUUGAUUGA